AUGAGUAGGAAUGUACCUGACAGUGUCACUUGCCCCGGCUGGAACACCAAAGUAACUUACAAUCCUAUGGUGCUGGUCGGAAACUGGGCGGAAGAAAGAUUGAAAAAAGACUAUACUUCUAAACAGAACUUUUUGAAAGAAAAUGUCCCCAAAAACCUUUCAGAUUAUAGAGAUGCUCGGUCCGAAGCUCAGCAAAUGAGGAUUAAAAAUGAGACUGGUGUAAGCAGAGCUUACUUGUUCAAUCAACAUGAUACACUCUAUGAUGAAAAUCAAAUUACAAUGUAUGAUGAGAAUUACAAUCAGCGUUGGCGGGAAAAGAAGUUACCAGAAAUGCGGCAUUGGAAUUUCAAUCACUUGGCAUGGCUACCAGAGAAGACGGACCACCCACUUUUUGGUCCCCCAACACAGUUUGGUUUGUUUACUACUUUAAAGGAAAGAUGGGAGAAGGAACUUGUUGACAAGUACAACACAUACAAUACCAUGUAUCGGUCCAAAUACUUGGCGAAACCUACAGAUCAUCUUUUACAGAAACACACCUUUCCUCGGCAGACAAUGAAUCUGUCAUAUGCCCACCAUUUUCGCAAGCCUAGUAUUUUGCUCAGGUCCAUAAAUUAA